UCUAGGACUCUAGAAGGUAAAAGGCAACGCCCAACCCAACGUGCUCUAGGCUCUGGUUUUCGGCCAUUCCAUCUUCUUAUCCUUCCGUUUUAUACCCACUUCGUUCCUUGUUAUUUCCCCAAACCACAGUCGACGGGAAAAUCUUUAUGUUCAUAACCUAAAACCUCACUAAUUCCCAAGAAAAAACGAUUCAUGGGCAGAAUAGGAUUGUUGGAUCUUGAGAGGCACUUUGCCUUCUAUGGGGCGUACCACAGCAACCCAAUCAACAUUUUGAUCCACACUCUCUUCGUGUGGCCAAUCGUCUUCACGAUUCUUAUGCUGUUGCACUUCACGCCAGCUCUUUAUACUCCCUCCUCUCAAAUUGAUAUUUUCCCGUCUGGGUUCCUGGUUUUGAAUUUUGGCUUCUUGUCCACUCUGAUCUAUUCCUUAAUCUAUGUGGCUUUUGAUAAGAGAGCUGGUUCUUUGGCCGCUUUGCUGUGUUUUGCCUGUUGGGUUGGAGCUAGUUUCGUUGCAGAUCGUCUUGGAUUCUCUCUGGCGUGGAAGGUUGUUCUAGCAUCUCAGUUGCUCUGUUGGUCUGGACAGUUUAUAGGACAUGGGGUGUUUGAGAGACGAGCACCAGCUCUUCUGGACAAUCUUGUUCAAGCUUUCCUAAUGGCUCCUUUUUUUGUAUUGCUCGAGGUUCUUAAGAAAUUUCUUGGAUAUGAACCCUAUCCAGGGUUCCAUGAAAGUGUGCAAGCAAAGAUUGAUUCUGAUCUAAAAGAAUGGAACAGCAACAAACAAAAGAAACUUUCCUAAGCCCAUGCUUUUGCAAUGGCUACUUUCACUUAAUCCUUUGUAAAGGACGAGACGAAUGGUUUUUUACCAAUAUAAUAGUCUGCAGUUUCUGAUGUAAUUAUAAAUGACUGUGUACUUUUGUCCCUUGGAAUGUAUGUCUAAACAACAAAUAAAUAAAAGUUAUUCCAAGUGGAAAA